AAAGUGAGAGAUAAGAUCAAAUUCAAAUGACACGACAUGACAUGAAUCACAUGAUCAUUAAACUUAAACCUUUAUCAUUUGAAUUAACGAAUGAGAACGACCAUGUCUUUCACGUGGACCUCUGCUCUCAACGUCACUCUUCUGCUUCUCCUCGUUGCCGCAAUUGUUGUUGCUUGUUUAACUCUCCCAGUUGACAAGAUUCUGAAGGACUUAUUGGAAUGGAUUGAUCGUAAUUUAGGGCCAUGGGGUCCACUUGCUCUGAUAGCUGCUUACAUUCCUUUGACUGUCUUGGCUGUUCCAGCCUCUGUACUUACUCUUGGUGGUGGUUAUCUAUAUGGCCUUCCAAUUGGCUUCAUUGCUGACUCUAUCGGUGCAACUGUUGGUGCUGUAGCAUCAUUUCUUCUUGGUAGAACAAUUGGGAAAUCACUUGUCGUUUCUAGGUUGAAGGAUUAUCCACAGUUUAGAUUAGUAACAAUUGCAAUUCAGAGAUCUGGCUUUAAGAUUUCAAUACUCCUUCGGCUUGCUCCAUUUGUACCAUUUAACAUUUUGAAUUACCUCCUAUCUGUGACUCCUGUUCCAUUAGGGGAAUAUACACUGGCUUCUUGGUUAGGAAUGAUGCCAAUAACACUGGCACUUGUAUAUGUUGGAACCACGUUCAAGGAUCUAUCAGAUGUGACUCGUGGUUGGGGCGAGUUCUCAAAAACUCAUUUGCCUUGGAUCAUUUCUGGCCUGGUGAUAUCUGCUUUGUAUGCCACCAGCUCAGUGCUGCAAUGGCUGGGCGGUAGAUGCGUGGCUGAGGUCUUAAGACUUACAUACUCUGUCCAGUGGCUCUAUUUUGUACUCUCUCCGGUGUUAUUAUAAGGUCCAAAUUAAAAGUGUGGCUUGGUCCUUAUUAUAAGUGGUUCUAAUGAUAUGGGUUACUAAAGUUGCGAAGUCUGCUUUAGAUAAAGCCUUGGCAGAAUGUGAAGAUAUGGAUAACACUGCAUCUUCACCAGAGCUACCGAUUGUCACUGAAACUUCAGUAGAUCUCAAUCAGCCUCUCAUAAAUAAGACAAACCAGGAUGAAGGCAAUCUAAAUUCUACUGUGUAAAGGCUUUUUUUUUUUUUUGAAACAGUAGCUGCUAGUGGUGCUUAUUUAUGAUUUGUACAGUUUUGGCCUUAGAAAUGUAAUUUGUGACAUAAAUGGUUAAUCAUACAAUCAAGAUGAGAUUAUUGAAUAUGUUUAAUGGCCGAAAAAUUCAUCAUAUGAACCAUUA